GCCAGGCGCAUGCGCGAGGCAGGCAGUUCCAUCCUCUGCAAGAAGACCUUGGAGGUCCACCCCUAGCACACCAGCGUCCUCUCCAGAAGACUCUCCACCUGGAAGCUCUGAAGAUAGAUCUUUGUAGCUUCACUGCUUGAACAUAAUGAUGCGCGUACAUAGAAUCAUACUAAAUUCCCGACCUGGGAAAAAUGGCAACCCAGUGGCAGAGAAUUUCCGUAUGGAAGAGAUUAAUUUACCAGAUAAAUUAUAUGAGGGACAAGUAAAAGUCAGAACACUUUAUCUCUCUGUGGAUCCUUAUAUGCGUUGUAGAAUGAAUGAAGACACUGGUACGGACUAUAUAAAACCUUGGCAGCUGUCAGAAGUGGUUGAUGGUGGAGGAGUUGGAAUUAUAGAAGAGAGUCAAUAUGCAAAUUUGGCUAAAGGCGAUUUUGUGACUUCUUUUUAUUGGCCCUGGCAAACUAAGGUUAUUUUAGAAGGAAAGAUCCUUGAAAAGGUAGACCCCCAAUUUGUAGAUGGACACCUUUCUUACUUUCUGGGUGCUAUUGGUAUGCCAGGAUUGACUUCUUUAAUUGGAAUUAAAGAAAAAGGUCACAUAACUGUUGGUUCCAAUCAGACAAUGGUUGUCAGUGGGGCUGCAGGUGCUUGUGGAUCAUUGGCUGGCCAGAUUGGCCAUUUGGAAGGCUGUUCCAGAGUGGUCGGAAUUUGUGGAACAGAUGAGAAGUGUUCCAUCUUGGUCUCAGAACUGGGCUUUGAUGCUGCAAUUAAUUAUAAGAAAGGAAAUGUGGCAGAUCAACUCCAUGAGCUGUGCCCAUCUGGAAUAGAUGUUUACUUUGACAAUGUUGGUGGUGACAUCAGUGAUACUGUUAUACGCCAGAUGAAUCAAAACAGCCAUAUUAUCCUGUGUGGCCAGAUUUCUCAGUAUAACAAGGAUGUCCCUUAUCCUCCCCCAUUGCUGCCGGAAGUAGAGUCAGUUCUGAAAACAAGAAACAUCACAAGGGAAAGAUUUAUGGUAUUGAAUUAUAAGGACAAAUUUGAGUCUGGAAUUCUACAACUGAGUCAGUGGUUUAAAGAAGGAAAAUUAAAGAUCAGAGAAACAGUCAUCAGUGGCUUGGAAAACAUGGGAGUUGCCUUCCAAUCUAUGAUGACAGGAGGCAAUAUUGGGAAACAAAUAGUUCAUAUUUCUGAAUAAAAAUCUUUCUCCCUUCAUCGGAUUACACAAGAACAAGAACAUCAAAUAGAUUUCUUUUCAACUUCAACAAGAGAGAUUUUGAAAUCUACUAAUAGAUUUACAAUAUUAAUUUUACUUUUAUUUUGUAUCAUUUUAUUUCCUAUUCUGCAGCACUGAUGUUAGCUUCUUAAAAGCUUUAAUGAUAAUUAUUUCUUCCAACUUAAUAAAUCUAAUGUAUAACUAAUUAUAAUAUAACAAAA